ACCUCAUACAUUGAUGGCAGGAGUUUUAGAGGAGGAAGUUGACUGAUCGGGCUAUCCAGUUUAUCUUACGUGUAAUUUUUUUUAUACAGUUUUAUUUAAAAAAAACACGAUAUAUUGCGCGAGAAGAAAUGGCGUCUGGCGUUGCUCAACAGAAAUCGUGCCAUGUUCAAUGGGAUCAGCCAAGUACUACAGCAAGUAUGCUCCAAGGCUUUGCUGGAAGCUUUUCUCGUCCAGUUUCAUUGCCGGUCGGUUCCUUGCAGUCUAUCAGGACGCAUGCUUAUUUGCCCAAUAACCUGGGGAAUUUGGGAACAGCUGUGUCUUUGGCCAGUAACAUGGACAGAGCAUCGUCGACAGCCCCAGUCCCGAAUACUUCAGUAGGGGGGCACAGCUCCUCGCAAAGUAGUGCAGUGGAGGCAGCCGCUGCAAUGGCAGCCAAGAUUAAUGCUAUGCUGUUGGCCAAGGGGAAACUGAAAACACCACAGACACUGCCAGAAAAGAACCUUCAGGUCGGAACAGUUUUCAACACUGAUAACUUGGUUACAGAAUUGGACAUUAAUGAUGUCCCAGUAAACUGCAGAAACUUCCUGACAAAGGGACAGACUCAGGAUAAAAUACACCAGUACAGUGGCGCUACCGUAUCAACAAAAGGUUACUACAUGACCAGUGCUGAAAAAGCACAUGCCAAAGGAACGGACAGACCUUUAUAUUUGCAUGUUCAAGGCAAGACACAGGAAGAGGUUAACAAGGCAGUGGCCUGCAUUAAGGAAAUCAUUUCAGAAGAUGUCUUGAGAACUGCAUUAGCGCAGCCACAAGCUGUUGCACCCGCCGUCCCCAUCUAUAACCAACCAAGCAAGCCUGCUGCACAUGUCCACUCUCAUACAGGGCAUUUUGUGCAUGCAAAACUCUUUGUAGGUUUGCACCAGACUCUGCCCUCUUUCAACGUUAAUGAGAGAAUUGAAGGUCCUGGUGGUUCCUACUUGCACCACAUCCAGACUGAGACUGGCGCUAGAGUGUUCCUUCGAGGGAAAGGCUCUGGGUAUAUGGAGCAAGCAUCGAAGCGGGAGUCUUUUGAGCCCUUGUACCUGUACAUCAGCCAUCCAACAGCAGUAGGUUUGGAAGCAGCAAAGAAGCUCUGUGAAAGCUUGUUAGAAACGGUGCGGUCAGAACAUUCCAGGCUGCUUUCGAUGUAUACUGCAGGAGGAUCAUCACAAGCUUACCCAUCUUCCCUUGGAUACCCUUCUAGUAACAGUUAUUGUAGCCAGUCAUCCUGGUAUAAUUACUCAUCCACUGGUUACAUGGGAGACUCUUCUGCAUAUCCAGCAUCCAGUGGUUAUUGGAGUAGUUCAAAUGGUCCGCACAGUCACUCUAACAUUUCAUCAACCCCUCAAUCUUCUCAGGCAAUGGUUCAGUAUCCAGUGUGUCCAAGGAAGCAACCUUCUUAUCUAAUACAGGACACUCCAGCUAGUUACUGCCCCUCUUCAGAUGUGUCCUCUUCCAGCCCACCACGACCAAGCAGUCCAAAAAGACAUUUCUCUGACAAAACCAACGAAAAAACUUCUGGAUACCAGCAUGGGCCCAUUCACCCCAAUAAUUUCACUUCAGACACUACCGUGAAGUCAGAAAAGAUGUCCUCUACCAGCAAGAAUGGAGACGGCAAAGAAUUAGAAAGGUUGUUGAUGCCCCCACCCCCUCCACCAACUACUGGAACAACACGCAAAAGGCAAAGGACACAGGGCAAUUCCAAGGCUAUGCUUGGUAGCAGAGAUCCAGCUGCUUUCAUGAAGAAGCAGAAAACUGGUGAGGAUGACAGUGGGUUAGUCCCUUAUAGUGGGGACUCUUCUGAUGAAGAGGAAGAUCGGUUUCUUGGCAGUAAGAUGCCUUUCCAGUAAAUUACUACUCUUCAAGAUGCAGAUGUUGGAAGAUAGCUUUACACCAAUAGUGAGGCAUGGCUCUUAAUACAAGGAAUAAGUAAAUCAACUUAAUUUCAGUUUUUUCUUUAACCUGUAGGCUUUUAUAAAUAGUGGUGUGAUUUUCUUUUAAAAUAGUACCCCCCCCCCCUUUUUUUUUUUUUUUUUUUUUUUUUUGUGGCAGAAAAAAUAUUUAAAGUGCACCAACACUUGUCUUAAUUCUUUGUCCCUUUUGUGCUGUGGCUUUCAGUGAAACAGUAUCCUUACAUGAAAUAACUAAGCUUGUUCCUAUGGAAUAUUGUAAUAAAAUAUUUAAUAAUG